AUGUCUGCCCCCGGAGCUGGCCACGAAUUUCCCGCCCAAGAAGUCUCUUGGCAGAAGCGCGAUGUCCUCCUAUUUGCUAACAGCAUUGGCUGCAAGGCCGACGAGCUCCAGUUUCUCUACGAGCUGCACCCUAACUUCUCGGUCUUCCCCACUUACCCGCUCAUUCUCCCCUUCAAGCUCACCGAUGGUGAGGUGACUGAUUUCUAUGCGCGCCAAAAGGCCACUCACAUUCCCGGUGUCCCGAAGCUGGAUCACCGCCACGGCGUCGAUGGCCAGCGUAAGAUCACUGUCUUGAAGCCUCUUCCUCCUACUAGCGCUGGACGGAAGUUUGAGCUGCGCAACAAGGUCAUUGGUGUCUAUGACAAAGGCAAGCCCGGUACUGUUGUUGAGACAGAGCAGUCUAUUGUGGAUAAGGCGACCGGCGAGGUUUACUCCAAGGUCCUGUCUAGUGGCUUCUUGGUUGGACAGGGUAACUGGGGCGGUCCCAAGGGUCCCGCUACCGUCAACUUCCCCCCUCCCGAGGGCAAGACCCCCGAUGCUGUGCACGUCGUGCAGAGUAGCAUGGAGACUGCGCACCUAUACCGUCUGAAUGGAGAUUACAACCCUCUCCACGCCACCCCAGAGCCGGGCCAGAAGAUGGGCUUCGGCGGCAUCAUUAUCCACGGCCUGUUCAGCUGGAACUCCUCUGCACACGGUAUUUUACGCCUCCUUGGUGGUAGUGAUCCGGCGAACUUGAAGGAGUUCCAGGCUCGCUUUGCAUCCCCGGUUCGUCCUGGCGAUACCCUGACAACUGAGAUCUGGCGCCUGGGUAAUGCUGGGGCCGAUGGCUUUGAGGAGAUUCGAUUUGUUACCAAGAAUCAGAAUGGCAAGGCUGUUUUGAGCAACGGUCGCUGCUUGCUGAAGGUCACUAACCCCAAGAGCAAGCUGUAA